AUGACAACCCCAUCCAAAGUCACCGAGCACGAGCACGCCCGGCUCCAGAAUGACUACGGCGCCGAUUACUGGGUUCGCAAGUCUGCCACAGAACAUCGUCGCCCUACGGCCGGACGAGGCCUCUUUGCCGGGCUCCAAGAUACCAAGCACUACAAUGUCGAGAGCGGCUGGGCGAGACGCAAGUCUGGGGAUUCUCAAACUGGUCUUUUGGGCUCGCUGUGGAGUCGACUCACCGGUAGUGCUUAG